AUGAAUUAUGACAAUGAUAUUGACGACGAAAAUGACGACGACGAUGACAAUGGUGAUUACCAUGACGAUGACAUUGACGAUAAUCAUGACGAUGAUGAUGAUGGCGAUGACGAUGACGAUGAUGAUGACGAUGACAUUAGCGAUGACGAUGAGGAUGAUGAUUGGGAUCAUGAUGAAGAUGGUGAUGUCGAUGACAUUGACGAUGACGAUGACGAUGAAGAUUAUGACAAUGAUAUUGACGACGACAAUGACGAUGACGAUGACAAUGUUGAUUACCAUGACGAUGACAUUGACGAUGAUCUUGACGAUGAUGAUGAUGAUGAUGAUGAUGAUGAUGAUGAUGAUGAUGAUGAUGAUGAUGAUGAUGACGACGAUGAUGAUGAUGACAAUGAUGAUGGAGAUGACUGUGAUGACGAUGAGGGUGAUGAUGACUAUGAUGAUGACUAUGAUGAUGACAAUGACGAUGGUGAUGGCGAUGAUGAUGACGAUAACAUUGACGAUAACAAUAACGAUAAUGAUGGCGAUGACGAUGGUGAAAACGAUGACGAUGACGAUGACGAUGACGAUGAUGACGAUGAUGAUGAUAAUUACGAUGAUGAUGAAGAUGGUGAUGACGAUGACGGUUAUGGCGAUGACAUUGACGAUGACGAUGACGAUGAUGAUGAAGAUGACGAUGAUGAUAAUGACGACGAUAAUGACGACGACGAUGAAGAUGACGAUGAUGAUGAUGAUUACGAUGAUGAUGAGGAUGAUGAUGACGAUGAUGAUGAUGACGAUGAUGACGAUGAUGACGAAUAUUAUGAUGAUGAUGAUGAUGACGAUGAUGAUGACGAUGACAUUGACGAUGAUGAUGAUGACGAUGUUUAUGAUGAUGAUGAUGAUGACGGUGAUUAUCAUGACGAUGGCGAUGACGAUGAUGAUGACGAUGGCAUUGACGACGAUAAUAAUGACGAUGACGACGAAUAUGACGAUGACAAUCACGAUGACGAUGAUAUUGACGAUGACGAUGACAUUGACGAUGAAAAUGACAAUGUCAAUGACGAUGACGAUGAUGAUGAUGACGAUGAGGAAGAUGAUGAUGACGAUGACUAUGAUGAUGACGAUUAUGACGAUGACGAUGACAAUGACGAUGUCGAUGAUGAUGACGAUUAUGACAAUGAAGAUGACGAUGACGAUGACGAUGAUAAUGAAGAUGACGAUGACGAUGAGGACGACGACGACAUUGACGAUGACGAAGAGCAUGAUGAUGACGACGAUGAUGAUGAUGACGUUGAGGAUGAUGAUGAUGACGAUGACGGUGGCGAUGACUAUUACGAUGACAUUGACGUUGACCAUGACGAUGACGAUGAGGACAAUAACGAUGAUGAUGACGAUGACAUUGAUGAUCACGGUGAGAUGGAUGACGAUGAUGACGAUGACGAUGAUGAUGAUGAUUACGAUGAUGAAGAAGAUGGUGAUGACGAUGACGGUUAUGGCGAUGACAUUGACGAUGACGAUGACGAUGAUGAUGAAGAUGACGAUGAUGAUAAUGACGACGAUAAUGACGACGACGAUGAAGAUGACGAUGAUGAUGAUGAUUACGAUGAUGAUGAGGAUGAUUAUGACAAUGAUAUUGACAAUGACGGUGACGAUGAUGAUUACGAUGGUGAUGAUGACGAUUAUGACGAUGACAUUGACGAUGAUGAUGAUGAUGAUGACGAUAACUAUGACGGUGAUGAUGAUGACGAUGAUGAUGAUGACGAUGAUGACGAUGAUGACGAUUAUUAUGGUGAUGACGAUGACGAUGAUAAUGACGAUGACGAUGAAAAUGACAAUGACAAUAACGAUGACUAUAAUGUUGCUUACGAUGAUGAUGAUGAUGAUGAUGAUGACGAUGAUGAUGACGAUGACAUUGACGAUGAUGAUGAUGACGAAGUUUAUGAUGAUGAUGAUGAUGACGGUGAUUAUCAUGACGAUGGCGAUGACGAUGAUGAUGACGAUGGCAUUGACGACGAUAAUAAUGACGAUGACGACGAAUAUGACGAUGACAAUCACGAUGACGAUGAUAUUGACGAUGACGAUGAUGAAGAUGAAAAUGAUAAUGAUGUUGCUUACGAUGAUGAUGAUGAUGAUGAUGAUGAUGACGAUGAUGAUGACGAUGACAUUGACGAUGAUGAUGAUGACGAUGUUUAUGAUGAUGAUGAUGAUGACGGUGAUUAUCAUGACGAUGGCGAUGACGAUGAUGAUGACGAUGGCAUUGACGACGAUAAUAAUGACGAUGACGACGAAUAUGACGAUGACAAUCACGAUGACGAUGAUAUUGACGAUGACGAUGAUGAAGAUGAAAAUGAUAAUGAAAAUGGCGAUGACAAUGAUGAUGAUGACGAUGACGAUGAAAAUGACAAUGACAAUAACGAUGACUAUAAUGUUGAUGACGAUGAUGAUGAUGAUGAUGAUAACGAUGACGAUGAUGAUGACGACGAUGAUGAAGAUGACGGUGAUUAUUAUGAUGAUGACGAUGACGAUGAUGAUGACGAUGACAUUGACGAUGAUGAUGAUGACGAUGUUGAUGAUGAUGAUGAUGAUGAUGAUGAUGAUGACGAUGACGAUGAUUAUCAUGACGAUGACGAUUAUGAUGAAGAUGGCAUUGACGAUGACGAUAAUAAUGACGAUGACGACGAAUAUGACGAUGACGAUCACGAUGACGAUGAUAUUGACGAUGAUGAUGACGAUGAUGAUGAUGAUGACGAUAACUAUGACGGUGAUGAUGAUGAUUAUGAUGAUGACGAUGAUGAUGAUGACGAUGAUGACGAUGAUGACGAUUAUUAUGAUGAUGACGAUGACGAUGAUAAUGACGAUGACGAUGAAAAUGACGAUGACAAUAACGAUGACUAUAAUGUUGCUGACGAUGAUGAUGAUGAGUGA